AUGGAACUGUUAAUUGGUCAAACCCACAGAAGCAUGCUUGGAUUUCUUUCCAAACACAGCUAUAUUUGUCUUGGCCGUCACUCUACCCAAAGAAAAUUGUUCUCUGCAAGAAUGGGCAGAUUCCAUACUACAGUUUCAUUGCCGAAUCGAGCUGGUGGUGAGAAUUCUACCCUCACCCUUUCCACUGUUGGAUUCAGAAACAAAGAUAACAUGGGAAAAUUGGAUAAAAUUAGUCAUCCUACUGAAAAGAAGCCAUUAAAUAAGUUACGCCAAACUGGAGUGAAGCUCAUCAGUAGUCGUGUCGAAAAGGCAGGGAAGAGAACUUCUCCUGAAGUGGACACGACUCUAUUCAAUGUGAAAUCAUUCUUUGAGCUUGGUCUUUCGCCAUUGCUGAUUGAGAGGUUGGAGAAGGAAGAAUUUACUGUUCCUACUGAUAUUCAGUCGGCAGCAAUUCCCACCAUCUCCCAGAAACAUGACGUUGUUAUCCAGUCCUACACCGGUUCAGGGAAGACCCUUGCCUAUCUUCUUCCCAUACUCUCCAAAGUGGGCCCUCUGAGGGAUGCUGUUCCUGAGGAACAAUCGGACAUGAAGCCUGGGAUCGAGGCAGUGAUUGUCGCACCUUCAAGGGAGUUGGGGAUGCAGAUUGUGAGAGAAGUGGAGAGGCUCUUGGGGCCCAGUUAUAAAAGAUAUGUACAGCAGCUCGUGGGAGGUGCCAACCGUUUAAGGCAGGAAGAAGCUUUGAAGAAGAACAAGCCCGGGAUCGUUGUGGGCACCCCUGGAAGGAUUGCAGAGAUCUCUGCUGCGGGGAAGCUGCACACACACGGCUGCCGUUUCUUAGUGUUGGACGAAAUUGACCAGCUCCUGGCCUUCAAUUUCAGGGAGGAUAUGCACCGGAUUCUGGAGCAUGUGGGGAGGAGGGCCGGCAAGCCUGUCGCUACACUUGGACCCCCAUCGCAACAAGCCGACCGCCAGAUCAUCAUGGUCUCUGCCACAGUCCCAUUCUCAGUCAUACGGGCAGCUAAAAGCUGGGGGAAGGACCCACUUUUGGUCAAGGGAAAAAGUGUAGCUUCCAUAGAUUCUAUCUCCCUCCCAUCUUCUGAGAAUUCACACCCAGCGUCUGGUCCCUCGCAGCAGCCCCGUGGUUCAGUGACACAGGUGGUCGGAGAGAGCUUGCCGCCAGCCUUGAAGCACUACUACUGCGUGGCCAAGGUUCAGCACAAGGUCGAUACGCUUAGGAGAUGUGUCUAUGCCCUUGAUGCCAGGUUCGUCAUCGUCUUCAUGAAUCACACUAAGCAGCUGAAAGAUGUGGUCUUCAAGCUGGAGGCCCGCGGCAUGAAGGCUGCCGAGCUGCACGGGGACCUUGGGAAGCUCGCAAGGUCGACAACGUUGAAGAAAUUCAAGGAUGGAGAGGUGAGAGUCUUGGUCACCAAUGAGCUGUCCGCUAGGGGGCUGGAUGUGGCCGAGUGUGACCUCGUGGUGAACCUGGAUCUGCCGACCGAUUCAAUUCACUAUGCCCACCGGGCUGGCCGCGCGGGCCGUCUCGGUCGGAAGGGCAACGUGGUCACCAUAUGCGAGGACCAAGAGGUCUUUGUGGUCAAGAAGCUGCAGAGGCAGUUGGGUGUUCCCAUUCCAGCUUGUGAGAUCACAGAAGGCAAGCUUGUAGUUGGCAAAGACGAGGAGAAGAUGAAGAAGAAAGAAGCUGUCAGAUGA